AUGACUCUUCAAUGGACAGUUGUCGCCGGUAUUCUGUACCUGGAGAUCGGUGUUGUUCUUCUCUUACUGUUACCAUGGAUUAGACCAACUCAGUAUGUCUAAAUUUGUAAAUUUUGUUGUUUUAGGGAGAUUUCACAGAUAUUGACAUUGUUCUACUAGUUUUUUAUUUAUGUCAAUAUUAAAAAACGACGUUUAUUUUAUAAAAUAGACAAAGUGGAAAAUAAUUUAGUAAACGGUCAAGGAAAUAUAGGUUUUACUGAUUUUCUGUACUAUAAGUUAACAAUUUUAGCUGGAAAAAGUUGUUCCACAGCCGGUUGGCGUCGUCGAUUAGUCGAUUUGCAUCAGUGUACUUCUACGCGGUCGUUGCCGUUCUUAUGUUGUUGUUGUUGGGUAGGUUUUAACUUCUUAUCUGCAAUGGUCUUUUCUCUACGUAAUUUCUAUGAUUUAAAUGCCUAAAAAGGUCUUGCAAGCUCAAAAAUUAAAAUUUUGCAAAAAAUAGACAUACAAUGUUAAUUUCAGACGCCGUUCGUGAAGUACGCAAGUAUUCUGACGUUGAUAUCAACACGGAAGUCAGAAGAGCUCUGGAAAGCGAUGCCAUGAUUCACAUGCGUUUGUUCCGCUCUCAAAGAAACUUGUACAUCAGCGGAUUCGCCCUUCUCUUGUUCGUUGUCAUCAACCGUUUGGUUACAUUGAUCUCACGUACCGCUGCCCUUCAGGCUAGUGCCGAUGCCGCCUUGAAACAAGCCCAAAGUGCCAACCAAGCCGCCAAGACCUUGAUGGAGGCUGUAAGUUUAUUUUUGGUGUUUAUCUGCUUUUGUGUUUAGAUAAGAUGAAGUAUAACAUCAAGAUGAUGAAGGUUGCCUUAAAUAUGUAUAUAUUAUUCUGUUGACUAUACUGGUUUUCUAGGGAGACGGUGACGCCCUUCAAGAAUCCACCAAGGAAGUCGAAGACCUGAAGAAGAAGCUCCGUCAAGCCGAACAAGACCGUGAUGCCAUGAAGAAGCAGUCCGAGAACCUUCAAGAGGAGUACGAACGUGUCUCUGACCUCUUGAGCAAGAAGGAAGCCGCCGGAGGUGACAAGAAGAGCAACUAA